GGGGUGUCCUUAGAGAGGUGUCCUCAUUUCAGGGGUGUCCUUAGAGACUAUAUAUAUCUGUAUGUAUCUCCCACAGUAUGGAGGCGUGAGGAGCUGGAGAGGAUAAACUCCACCACAGUGGGACCAGAGAGAAAGGCGGCUCUGUGCGCCCUGCUGGAGAGAGAGGCUGAGCUCAUCGCUGGCAUCAGCCAGCACAGGACUGUGGCUGGGACCGCUGCUCAAGAGAAGGCCGUAGAGAGAUUUCUUGAUGCCACGGCGGCUCCCAAGAGGUGGAUAGCAUACGACGGUAACACCACGGAGAUGGCCACGCCCUACACCCUACGUGCCGCCCAACUGAGAGAUCUUUAUCAGAGCCUCACCUCUUUGGCCCUCUCUGCUGACGAGAGACUAGACGUGCUUCUCACACUCAAGUGUACUGUCAAAGAGCACGACUGUGGUCUGACUAGGGAGCUGGUGUCCCUCAUUGACAGAGAGGCCGACCUGCUGGUACGUGACCUCCGACCCCAGGCCAUGGCUGGCCUCAGAAAGAGGAUCGCCACCCUCUUCUUUCAGUACUGCAGAACUCCUCUCUUCAACCCCGAGGCCGCCAAACACAUCCGGGUGCCUCAGGACCCGACAAGUCUCCGUAGCAACGUCUACUACUGUCGCAGCUGUUGUCAGUACCUCCCGUCCACUGACUUCGAACUCUCCACAAACUCCAGGGUUGUGGGUCACUGCAGAAGAUGUGAUGAUCUCGACAACGAGGCUCGCUCAAGAGACGACCUCACCAUCUACCGCGCAAUGUUGCGUCAGCUCCACAAGACCGAGGAGGCCAGGAAAGACGGCUCUCACGUCAUCUUCCUCAUCCAGGAGUGUGACAUCCGUUACCUGGUGGAGACCAUCUGGAGAGGUCAGAGUGCACUCAGCGGGGAGAGCGACCUCGCCGAGCUGCGGCUGGUCCGCUGGGAGGUGGGGUCUCCAUGGACUCCGUGGAACUCUGUCCUCCUCACUCGGGAGGAGGCUCAGGCCCAUACCAGGGUCCACAGUGUCUCUGAGUCCUACGGAGCAGAGUUCGUAGCGAAGGUCUACCAGAAACACGUCCUGGCAAAGACUUACUUCUCCCGCGUCGCUGAGAUGGUGGAGAGUAUGAGGUCAAAGGUCGCCGAUCUACCCCUGCCACGCCCACCAGAGCAUGUGAUAACGGCCCGGUCUCCUAAGAUAAGUGCCCACCCCUCUUCCCAGCAGGCACCUACAGUCAUUCAGAGCUAGACUGAUGGUAUAAUAUAAACCUCAUAGACCUCCAUAUUAUUAUGUGACACUGAACCGUAUACAAUAUUGACAAGCUCAUAUUAUAGCAGAUGCCGCUGCAUGGAAAGUUUAACGAUUAUUGAUUUCAGGUAAUGACAGACAAAAAUGCAGUGAUCAAAAAGACAUAAGAAAAAUCCCUAUUCACAAUCGAUGGCUAGAAAAUCAAAAUCUACGCACAGUACACAAACCACCUACACAUAAUUAUACAGUAAUACCCCCUCUCUCUAUUUAAGCAAAGUAAUAUCGAAGUACGACGUCAUAGGCAUGGAGGUCAGAGUUCACGAGGUAUAGAGUCAGAGGUAGUAGGAGAAGGAGUAGAUGUUGGUUUGUAAGAGGACCAACAUCGUGAAUGUAAAGGCAACCAGCACGAAGUAGGCCAUCCACGGGUAGACUGGGAUUCCAAACAUGGUGGCCUGUGUGAUGUGAUGUGGGGAGAAGGGAGGGAGACAUUGAAGCCAGAUGAAGAGAUGAAGAGAUGAAAGGAAUGACAGACAAUAAUUAUAUACUGUACUGGCAAAACAAGCAAAGAAAAUCGGUAUAGACACACUUCUUGCAUAAUGAAGUGUAUUACAUCAUUUCCAUGACAACCACAACAACAAAUAGCCUCAGGCACUUUUCUUUUUCUCAAACUUUCCAAUGGUAUUACGCAUAG